CUUAUCGUUUACCGUCUUCUACUGCUGGAAAGUCUUCACGAAAAGGCUAGAAAACAAGAGGAAAUAACUAGAAAUGGAGGCAAAUUUGAUAUUAUUUGCUUUUGGUCUUCUUGUAACGGCAUUUGUCUUCAUUUUACUUGGGAUUUAUCUCUAUAUUUCGUACAUCCGGAGCAUUUACAGUCACAUUCCUCGUCCGAAACCUCUUCACUUCUUCCUUGGACAUCUACCCCUCUUCAAAGAGGUUAACAAAACUGGAACAGUGAUUAAAAAAAUUGCUGAGUGGAACAAAGAACUGGGUCCAGUGAUCUGUGUCCACGUUCUUUUCAGAACUAUCAUCAUUUGUGCAGACUCAACAGUUAUAAAGGAACUUCUGACACGAAGCAAAUACUUGAAAGCUCCUGAUCAGUACCGUGGCUUGAAGUCUUUGUAUGGAGCCAGGACCUUAGGUAAUGGUCUGAUCUCUGAGUUGAACCAUGAGGUCUGGAUGAAGAAACGUGCUCUCUUUAAUCCUGCUUUCCAUCGCAAAUAUUUAAUGGGCCUGAUGAAUGAGUUCAAUAGCUGUUCAGCUAAACUGGUCAAUCAUUUGAUCCCGUUAAGUGAUGGUCAGACGGAGGUCGUCAUGACCAAAGAAUUUGAAAGGUUGACCAUGGAAAUCAUUGGAAAGGUUGGAUUUGGAUUGGAGGAUGAUAUCAUUGGGAACCCAGAUUCCCCUCUUUGCCAGCUCUUUCCAAAGGUUAUGUCUGGCAUGCAAUCUGUUUACAGACGUCCACUAUUAAAGUACAGCAUCCUUCCCAAAGACAUCAAAUACAAACAUGAGGUUCAAGCUGCAGCUAAUGAGAUCCGAGCGGUGGGUCGGCGUUGCAUCUUGGCUCGUAUAGAUGCUCUUAGACGGGGUGACCAAGUUCCUCAAGACAUUCUAACUUACAUCCUGCAGGAGUCAAACAACUUGGAAGGAAUCAAAGACUUUGACUUAGAAGAUAUGGUCGAUGAGUUUGUUACCUUUUUCGGAGCUGGUCAGGAAACAACAUCCAACCUUCUCUCCUUCACUCUUCUUCAUCUUGGUAGAAAUCCUCAAGUCUUGAAAAAACUCCGUGAUGAAAUUGAUACUGUAUUGAAAGGGAGAAACUAUGUUGAAUAUUCAGAGGUCAGCAAGAUGAAGUAUCUAACCUUGGUUUUGAAAGAGACUCUUAGAAUGAACCCUCCUGUUGGUAUGUUGAAUAGAGUUUUACCUUAUGAGAUGGAUCUAUGUGGAUACAAAGUACCUAAAGGCAGUACCGUAUUGAUGCCCAUAUAUGGAAUGGGUAGGGAUGAGAAACAUUUCAAGAAUCCAGAGAAGUUUGAUCCGGAGAGAUUCACAAGAGAUGAAGACAGCCCCUUAUUUGCGUACAUACCAUUUUCUCUGGGUGCUCGAUCCUGCAUUGGCCAGACGUUUGCUAUGAUUGAAGCCAAGGUGGUCAUAUGUAAGCUCAUUCAGCAACUGGAAUUCCAACUUGUACCCAACCAGAGCUUUGAGUUUGUACAAGAAGUCACUCUUAAGCCCAAGGAUGGCUGCAAAAGUUACAUCACAAUGAGAAACCUGUGACAUCACAAUGAGAAACCUGUCACAUCACAAUGAGAAACCUGUCACAUCACAAUGAGAAACCUGUCACAU